AUGUCUUCUUCACUGCUGUUCCGUCGCCUAGCCCUACGUCCGUCCACCUUCGCCCUUGCUCGGGCACCUCUCUAUCGCCAAACAUACGCUACAACCACGAAAGGCGACACUCAAUCCGCCACAAGCCUCGGCACUCCAUCCCCCAAGCCUAGCGAUAGCCAGGCUGAAGGCAGUAUCAAGUCGAAGAGAGCUACAGAUAGGCCUCAAGGACAGGAGAGCGGCAGCAGCGUUGCGCAGCCCGUGAGCCAAAAAUCGGAAGGAUGGGACGAGGAAGGAGAUGCUCCAGUCAAGAGAGACCCCAGCAAGCCUGCUGAGCAGAAGAGAAAGGAGGUCGAAAAGGAGGGACAGACGCCAUUGGAUGCUGCUGAUAAGUAA